UCUCUCACUCAUCCUCUGCAGCGCUUUCAACAUCAGCCCACUCCGACAAAUCAAAACUCGGGGGUUCAUCUGCGAGACACAAUCAUAGAGAGAACCCUUGAGCUGCAGGAACACCAUUAGCUCAUAUUUUCUCUCGUGCGACCGACCUCUGUGAUGGUCUCGGAUAAUCCGUGCUAAUACUUGAUCCGAGUUUGGACUUUCACUCACUCUCUCUCACUCCUGCCAUCUUAUAUCCCUUCAAAUCCCCGCCAACCAAGUAUCAGCCACAUCCAAACUGCCAAAUCCGCCAUGUCAAAAUCAGCAGCCAAGAAGAUAGUCGUCUGCGGCGGCAACGGCUUCCUGGGCUCGCGGAUCUGCAAAUUCGCAGUAGCACGGGGGUGGGAUGUCACCUCCAUCAGCCGCUCCGGCGAGCCAAAAUGGUCCGCCGUCACAGCCUCCUCAACACCCCCGUCGUGGGCCCACAAGGUCUCAUGGGAGUCGGCAGACAUCUUCCAGCCCGCCGCCUACGCCCCGCUGCUCAAGGGCGCGGACUACAUCGUCCACUCGAUGGGCAUCCUCCUCGAGGCCGACUACAAGGGCGUCGUGUCAGGCAGGGAGUCCCCCAUCGCAGGGCUGCGCAGGGCCUUCGACCCGUCCCGGGGCGGCAGCAGCAGCCCGAACCCCCUCGAGCGCGGCGGCGACAACGGCAGCUACAGGCCGCCCGAGAACGAGAAGCAGCUGACCUACGAGAACAUGAACCGCGACUCGGCCGUGCUGGUGGCGCGCGCCGCCGAGGAGGGCAUGGCAGCAGCAACAACAACAUCAUCAUCAACAACAGCCGCGACAGGCCCGGCGUUCCUGUACGUCAGCGCGGCCGGCGGCGCCCCCGUGCUGCCGCGGCGGUACAUCGACACGAAGCGCGAGGCCGAGUCGCUCCUCGCGAGCGGGUUCCCGCGCAUGCGGGGCAUCUUCCUGCGCCCGCCGUUCCUGUACGACAGCAGCCGGCCCUUCACGAUCCCCAUGGCGGCCAUGACGGGCGUCGGGGCCGCGUUCAACGGGCUGACGCGGGGCGUGUUCGGCGGGCUCAUGGGCGCCGCGGGGGCGAAGCCGCUGAGGGUCGACGUCGUCGCGCAGGCGGCCGUGGAGGCGCUGAGCGACGAGGGCGUCAGGGGCCCCGUCGAGGUGCCCGAGAUCGAGGAGCUGGCGGGCAAGGCGUGGAGGAAGGACAUGCUGUAGGGCCUUGGUUGCUCUUUUUGGCUUGGCUGGCCGGCGGGAUUCGCUUGGGCUGUAACCUAAUUGUAAGAUGUAUAGACUGGGUGGCUGUACCAUGCGAAUAUGACCGGCCCCUGAUGGACCGGACCGCCUCAGCGGAUGCCGUAGGACAAAAGGCUCGAUGGGCCGCGGUGCAAAAAAUACAUGUGCUGACUGAUUUCG